AUGAGCGGCCCUUUCAAACGCCGCCCUUCCCUGAAGACCCUACCCUCGGUGGGUCUACCAUCAGACGCCGGCAUUCGCAGGGCUUCCAUUCGCCGCCAGUCGUCCGUAGGCCUGAAGACAGUGCCUGCUGCUCAACAGGAGGUACCAUGGGACAUGCUCGACAGAUGCACCUUGCCCGUUCUCUUCUGUCACGCAUCAGCCAUCAUCCUUAGCACCACGCUCAACGUUCUGCGUAUAUCCGACGUGUCUACGUUCACCCUGUUCAUAUGGUUCACUAUCGUGACGAUAGGGGCUGUACUGUUCUACCACAAUUUGAAGAACGAAAAGAGCUAUACCUCCAGAGGAAUGGGAGAAGCAAGUCAGACCAAAUAUACGGAAUGCGGUCUUGAAGAUGACGUUUGGAGAGAUAAAGAGGCAUGA